AUGAAUGACAUUUUCACCGAGUUCGACUUUCCCAUCUGGAUUGGAAUGCAAAAACAAGAUUCGAGCUUAAAUGCAUACUAUGUAAACUGGACGGAAACUGGGCCAAGUGGAGAAGGUGAUUGUGUGACCAUCUCCUCACUGACCAAGCUGAUGGAUACAAAGAAAUGUGACACUCGUCUUCCCUUCAUCUGUUUCUGGAAUGGAAAUAAAAAUUUUCUACUGGUAAAGGAGAAGAAGAGCUGGGAGGAGGCCCUGGAACACUGCCGCAGCCUGAAUGAUAUUGGACUUCAGUUCGAUUUAGUCAGUGUGGAGUCUGAAGACGAUUAUGCGAACAUGAUGAGCAAGGUCAUGGAAGCCAACACAGAUGAAGUGUGGACCGGUCUACGUUUCCUGGGUGAUGAAUGGCUGUGGGUGAAUGGGGGAAACACAUCAAACAUUGAGAUGCCUCAAUGUCCAACCCAGGAGCAGCACUGUGGUGCAUUAUCAAAAACCAGCACUGGCAGUGUAGAGGCCAGACACUGUUCAGAGCCUAAAAACUUCCUUUGUUACAGUUUCAAGGCUUAAUGUCAUUGUUGUCAUCACAUCAGAAAGGCUACCUAUAGAUAG